AUAGCGCAUACGUAAAGCUACACCUCCCGGCAGGCAUUAGGCAUUGGCCCAUUGCCUUCUGGGAGUUGUAGUUCCUUGGGCGUUAAAGUCGCGACAUUCAGCCCGCCGGAGACUCGGUUUCCCAGAAAGCCCAGCAAGAGUGGGAGGGAACCACGGCCUGAAUCCCGCGGAACCGGCGGUACUCUGCGGGAAAGGCCGCUAGGUUUUGCAGCGUGCACGGAAGCUGGAACAGUGUGCGCCGGCCUCCUUAGGACCGCUCAACUACCAGUUCCCUGACAGCCCUCCCUCCGGACCCGGGUGGCGCCUGCGGUAGCGGUGUGUACCCGGAGAGGCUGCGUUCUGCUGCGAGCCGGUGAUGGGACGAGGGGCUGGUCGAGAGCCUCGGUCUCCAGCGUCUCCUAGCGCGCAUCCUUUAUAUGUCCACACUAUUCUGAUCUCAUGGUUUGACUCUCUCCUUAACCCUAUCUAGCCUGAAGCUCCACAUCUGUGCGCGCGAGGACGCACUUUAGCCACCCAGGUUCGCGAGCCCCCCGCCCUCCUGCGUGACCAGCCAGCGCCCGGCUGUGAGCAGAGGCGCCUGGCACAUAGUGGAGGUGGAGAGGGUUCCAGGUCGGCAUGGCGGAGGCGGAGGCUGGCUUGGAGGCUGAGGUACCCACCGAGGAUGACACCCUGCCUUCUGACACCGUCUCCCUUAGCGACUCGGACUCGGACCUCAGCUUACCUAGUGGUGCGGAGGUGCAAGUGUUGUCCCCGGAGAGGCUUUCAGGGGAAGCUCAGGAGGACUCCGACCCUGAUGACCCACCUUCGCCCCCCACUGCUGGCAUCUCCACCCCCGCAACCCAGCCGUUCCUCCUCCGAGGCAUGAGCUCCACCUUCUCUCAGCGCAGCCACAGCAUCUUUGACUGUCUGGAGAGUGCAGCCCGGCAGGUACCGCCCUCUGCGCCCCAAACCAGUGUGACUGACAAUGGCAGCUUCAAACGGCCCGUGGCUCCCCCAAGUCAGACCCCUGCAAGGAACCUGAGCAGAGUGCAUGAGAGCACUGGCCCAACCAGGGAACCUCCUGUGCCUGACUAUGUGUCCCAUCCUGAGCGCUGGACCAAGUACAGUCUGGAAGAUGUGGCUGAAGGCAGCGAGCAGAGCAACCGUGCUGCUGCUCUGGCCUUCCUGGGCUCUCGAAGCCAGGCAUCCGCCACGGACUAUGUACCCUCCUUCAACCAGGACCCCUCUAGCUGUGGGAAGGGGAGAGUGGUCUUUACCAAACCAGUCCGAGGUAGUGAGGCCAGGGCUGAGAGGAAGAGGUUCCUCAAGAAGGGGAAUGUGUCAAGUACUGGGAGCGAGGCCUCUGUGGAGCUGGCUCAUCUGGCCGGGCCUGAGGCUGAGGAGUGGAGUGGCCACCAGGGACUGCAGGAGGUAGUGAUACCUUCAGUAGCUGACCAUCCUGGGUCCUCAUCAGACCCAACAGGGGUGGAGGUUGUUGGUUUCCAUGGUAGCAAGAAGCGGAGCCGAGAACACUUCCGGAACAGGGACAGUAACCCCGAGGGGCCAGGGUCUGAGAGAGGCCCCUCGGUUUGACUGUGGUGCCUUCACUCCACCUCCUCACCUGCCUAGGUGGGAAGCUGUGGGCUGUUUGUAGGAGGGGUGUGUGUUCAGCAGCUCUGGCUGGGACUGUGGGAAUUGUGGGACCUUGGAGGCCCUUGUGCCCCAGUGUCUUGGGGUGAACAAUAAAGGUUUGGGGUAUUUCUUGGA